GUCAAUGGAAAGUCCCCACAAAGAUAGCAACACAAACAUGUGUGUGCGUUAAGUUACAUCUGUGACUCUGUGCUUCCAUAUAAGAGCUCUUUACUUGUGUAAUCCCACCAACCGGCCGUCUCCAACCCCAUCCCUCCUUCUAUCACUCCAUCCAGGGGAUUUGACGGCCAUUAAGCGAUAGCUUUUUGGUGUGUUUGUGUGUCCCAUCACACACACACACACACACACACAGUGAGCAGUGUUUGAUGUAAAGGCUCUGCUCCACUUGCCUGGUGGUGCUGCAGAAUGUGGACUGACAUGGGACGGACAGGAUGAACACAUGCAUGCGGAUCUGGAUAGGGAGCUUUGACACACAUGGAUGCAGCUCUCCAGAAAGGGCUACAGCUGGUGCUGGUGUUUGUGCGUCUCCAGACCUCCAUUAAUCCUGGCAUGUUCCAGAUGAGAGACGGCAGGAAUGACUUCCUUCACUUUCACCGUCUCUGUGCUGUGCCUGCUGCCUCAGUCGGCGUUGGCGCGGUGGGCGUGCGUCCGGGCCUGCCCGCCGUCCUGCUCCUGCACGCAGGAGAAGAGCUGCAGCGUGCUGUGCGACCGCGCCGGCCUGGCCGAGCUGCCCAGAGAGUUCCCUUGUGAGGCGUCCGCCAUCAACCUGGAGAAGAACCGGCUCAAGUUCCUGUCAGAGCGGGCCUUCGGGACCCUGCCCUCGCUCAAGUCUCUGUCUCUGGACCACAACAACAUCUCCUUCAUCACCCCGGGAGCUUUCAAGGGCCUCUCGAACCUGCUGGAGCUGAAAAUGGCCCACAACGAGUACAUCAGCUACCUUCACACCCGGACGUUCACGGGGCUGAAGAAGCUGCUGCGGCUGGACCUGUCCGACUGCAACCUCUUCAGCAUCCCCGACCGCAUCUUCAUCGAGCAGACCGCCAUGACGGAGCUGCUGUGCUUCCAGAACAACUUCCGCAGGAUCCCAGGGGCCAUCCGGGGCAUGGAGAACCUGACGCACAUCUACCUGGAGAGGAACAAGAUCGAGGCGGUGGCCUACAACUCGCUGCAGGGCCUGGGGAGCCUCAGGUACCUGAACCUUCAGGAGAACCGCAUCAAUGUCAUCCAUGACAACGCUUUCCAGGACCUGGUGCGGCUGGAGAACUUCUACCUCAACGACAACCUGCUGUCCAACAUGCCCCGGCUCGCCUUCAGGGGGCUCAGCCGCCUCAAGAUGCUCAACCUCGGGGGCAACCAGCUGAUCAACGUGUCCAAGACGUGGUUCGGUGACAUGGCGGAGCUGGAGGUCCUGUACUUGGACCGGAACCAGCUGCUGAACAUCGAGGAGGGCGCCUUCGAGAACCUGACCAGCCUGAUCACGCUCCACCUCAACAGCAACAACCUGACCACGCUGCCCCUCAGCGUUUUCCAGCCCAUCUACUUCCUGGGUCACCUGUACCUCUUCAAAAACCCCUGGGAGUGCGACUGUGGCCUGGACUGGCUCAAGCAGUGGAUGGAGAGCUACAAGCUGGUGCGGGACAUCCCGUGCGCCUCGCCGUCCUCCGUGGCGGGCCUGGACCUCAGCCAGGUGGUGUUCCCCACGGCGAACGGCACAUGCGUCGACCCCGCCGAGCUCAACCUGACCACGGCGUCCUCGGAGGUGCAGCCCACCACGGAGAACCGCUUCAACAGCCUCAUCUCCAAGCUGCUGCAGCAGGAGCUCAGGGAGGAGAUGGGGAACGGGACCGAGAGCGUGCGCAACGCGACGCUGCCGGAGCCGGAGGAGGGCCAGCUGUCGGCGGGCGUCGGAGGCCGGGGGACGCAGGCCGUUCAGUCACUGCUCUGCUUCACCGUGACGUGGCUCUUCUGUGGUUUAUUCCACCUGUCACAUGCUAGUCUCUGUCUUCGCUGUACGUGAAGAUGAGGACUCUAGCGCCGAGAGUUUUCAUAUCGCUUCUGAGUUAAAAUUUGCUUUUAUUUCUCCCAGGAGGUCCGAAGGCUUGUUGCCCAUUGUAAGAGCCUCUGAGUUGGUUUUUGGACGUUCCUCAAGCCGUAGAACGUGUAGCACGUGGAAUAUGACCUGGCAAGCACUGUUUCUACGGGAACUGAAAUCCUUGCGCUCAAUAUACUGGACUUCAUGUUUUAUGGGGUAGUUUCAAAAAAGUAUUUACCCUCUUAUAGAGUUCUUCUCUUUUUGUGUAUCUGUCACAUGAAGCCCUCCCUGAUGCCCGACGCUCAGGAAAAGCCAGGCAGUUGUCACGGUAGAGACUAUGGUGUUCCGUCAGACCGUCAGUUCCAGAAAUCAC